AGCAUCGUAAUUAUUCGUUAUUUAGUGUUCAAGUAGUGCAGGACAUGAGGCCUAUGCACCUAGUGUAAUAAUCAGUAGUGUGUUGUACAUGAACGUGUUUACAGAUAAACCGUCUUCAAAGUCUUCAGCAUUAACCGAAGAAACACUUGCGGUAUAAUGUUAUAGCUUUCUGAACACUUCAUACCGAAGGGCUUUUACUGCUUUGGGGCUUAACGCUCUUGGGUUCGAUCAAGAAUUUGAAUUCGUCGGUUCCCCCAAAAAGAAAGAAAAUAACAGCAGCAAGUUGAAGAACGUACCCUACAAAUGGCUAGGAAAGUUCACUUGAGAAUCUGGAACUCUGCUGCUUUUUUGAAACGAACCUGGGAUGAUGGAGCCGCGUACUGCGACCGACUUGGCGGGGAGCUCUUAGUGAUAGAGACAUCGGAGGAGAAUGAGUUCAUCUACGGGAUACUGAAGAAUCAAACCAAGACGUGGGCGUGGCUGGGAUGCAGCGAUAGAUCGACCGAGGGGACGUGGCUGUGCUACGCGGCUGCCAGCGAUUUGCCGUUCGAAAACUGGGCAACCGGUCAACCGAACAACGCUAACGGUAAUGACCACUGUCUGGCUUUUCACAAUACAGAUGGUAUGUGGUCCGACUCGAAAUGCGAUGCACAGCUAGUUCACACUGUAUGCGAAACCACCAGCAUCCAAGAGGACGAAGGCGUCACCCCUUCUUCAUCAGCUACUCCCAUGGCUUGCUACACUCUCGGCUCAGAUGGCCGCCUGCGAGUGUAGACCUCCCCUUAGCCUUGUCCAUUAUUCUGAAUGAGACUAUGCUUGCCUUGCGAUGUCAGACUAAAAGUCUCAGUUUGACGACAUUCUCUUAAACUCACUGACUCAGUGACUAAGUCAGUCAGUAAGUCACUAGACUCAGUCAGUGACUCAGUCAGAUGUAAGUCGGAGGAAAUAAUUGCACAUCAAUCAAGGAACCAACUGUACAUGAAGAGUUAUCUCUAGAGCAAGAUGGAUUCCGAGAUUCAUCGAUUGGACCUUUCGUUGUUUUCUCUAAACAAAUGGCUUAGACUUUACGAAAGUCUUUAGGCAAACUGUGCCGCUUGAGAAAAUAUUAUAACAUAGCGAUUUACAAAUACAUGUAUUGACAAAAGUUUUCCUCAUUUGUGCGUAUGGAAUUCUUUAUUUCCAUUAUUCUUUUAUUUCGAACACCUUGAAAUACGCCAAUUGUUCAGCGUGGAUCUGUGAAUGUUUUACAUUGACUUAUACUGUUGUUUUGUCUUGAAAAUCACUUGACCUCUAACCGGAAGUCAGACAUUGAGAAUAUUGCGCUUUGUCCAUUGAAUACGGUAGCUUUGUAGCAAGAUUGGUUUCACAUGACUGACCAUGGGACAGAACCAUGCUGAUUAUCACACACCACAGGACAUAUAUGAUCCAAUGUGUUCUCAGCGACAAUUUUCUUAAACUUUUAGACAAAGUGGGUGAUAGUAAAAUGGGACGGAAAUUCAUGACUAAAGAACAAGUAUCUCCCUUAUGCACUGGGCAUAUUGGCAGAUUUCUAAUUAUGUACAUGUAUCAAACCAAGGGGGACUGCAUUUGAGAGACUUUACAGUAGGAACGCACUCUUUCACAACUGGAGCAACUACAGAGUGAAAUAUAUCAACAUCAUCACUAACAUCUUUAUAAAAAUCUAAAACAUUCUAAGAACAAUUGCAAAAUUUGGUCAACAUGAGCAACAAAUCAGCCUCAGCAAAUUGUAAAAAAUUCUGUUCUGUCUACUACAAAGACGUUUUCUCUAAACCAACAAUCAACAAAAUUCUAUUAUUUUUUUUGAUUACAAGUCUGUAACAGAGUACUGCUGUCGGUAGCAGCUAUAGUUUAUAUUUGUCCAUCAAGUCGUAACAUAAUUAUCUAUAAUUUUCAGGUCAAAUAGGCCUGUCAUCAUUGAUAUCAACUCCCUACAGGAUGAAUAUUCACUGCCCUCAGCAAGUCAAAGUUUGCAGUUUACCCAAUAGGCAGCUCACUUUUUAAAAGCAAUUUUUUUUUAAAUUCUCCAUCUGAAAAUAGCAUGUCUGUGUCUGACAUUACCUAACGUACAGACACCAUGGCAUGUUUCUAAAUUUUUAACUUUAUGUCAAACUUCAAAAGAAUCUUGUUGAAAGAUUAGCUGACUGUAACUUGAACUGUACCAACAUUUCUGGAUUUUUUUUGUGUCUAAUUAUAAUGAAAACUGAUUUUCUUCAAACAAACAAUAUUUUACUGUAAGGUGAUAUUACAGGAUUUAAUUUACUAUAAGGUGAUAUUAUAGGAUUGUAAUCAGAAAACAAAUUACGUACGUACCGCAUGAAUAAACAAAUAAAUGAGUUUGAGCCACAUAUUUAUGUUA